AUGCUAUCCACGUGGAGCGACAAGAGCCAGCCUUCCAAGAAGAAGCUUGUGUCGUAUGGGAAAGCCAUGUCGCGAUCACGAAAUCAACCGGCAAGUCUCUCUGCCUCCGCCCAAACCAUCCCAGAAUCGUCGCAAGCAUCAGCGAAGGCCCCUGUGAAGGACAUUUACGACUUCGACUAUGUUGGCGACGACCCGCCGCCUGUCGCAAAGACACCAGCCCGGAAAAAGCCCACACAAGCAGAGAGGGCGUCUACGAAGCCAUCAGCAAUUAGCAAGGCAACAGUUUUAGCAGUGCCGGCUACUCACUUAUUGAAGCGUGCUGCCGACCCCAAACAUCCAGCAGUUGCCCGUCCUGUCGCAACACCAGCACCAUUACCAGCACCAACAACGGCACGUGGAACAAAACGAAAGUCAAUCCAAAGCGAAUCGGCAGCUUGCCAACAGUCCAGUACUGGCAUCAGCACCGCGAAGCCAUUGCAGUCUACUCCCAGUCCCGAUCCAAUCACCCUCGACUCGCCUCAUUCUACUACCACCAGAGUUUCUAGGACUACCAAAAAUCCCCUCGUUCUCGGUAGCUCGUCACCUUCAGCCUCCCUGACGCAUCAACGCUCGCUGAGAACACCCCCGCGAGACGCAGCGAUAUCAAGUGCUUCUAGGACCCUCGCGCAGUCCACGCCACCUAGCAAGGCUCGGGUCGCAGCCGAAAUCGUCCGGCAGCAGCGGCUUGUGCAGCCUUCAUCGGGCGUGCCUUUCCGGUCUCAAGGUAUCCAGUCAUCACAGCCACAACAAGCACAACAAGCACAAACACGCCCAGCAGCGUUAGCACAGAGAAAGCGACGGAGGCUUAUCGAUACCCUUGCCGCCCAGAGAGAAGAGUCAGAGUCAGAUGGAGAGGAUACAGACUCUAGAGAUUUGGAUAUGGGGGACGACGAGGAGGCUAGCAGCCAAACAUGCACCAUUGCCUCCAAAUACCGGCACAGACGGAGCACGCCGGUCAGCGACAACCGGACGGCUUUCAUGGACGUAGAUAGCCUCGUGACGGCUUCGCCUGGGAGAAUGCCCAUUGCACCGUCAACACCAGGCACCUUAGCUCGUCGUCCGACAGCACGACGACCCAACAUCAAAUUCACAUACAACGUGGAGAGAACAAUGCUGGCUGAACAGCCGCCGGCUUUGGAUGGUCCGUCAGGUAGCGACCUGUCUGUUCUGCAGAGCCUCUUACCGGAGGCAGAUCCGAAGCCCAGUGCUUUUGAUUUCGACGACGAUGCGAGCGGCCCUUCACAGGGUGCUAUUCAGAGCAUCCACGAGCUUCGACAGGCCGGGGCGAACAGCCGGUUUUCUGACGAGCUGGUCGAUAUUAUGGACCGUAUCGGAACUUCGGGUACCGGCAAGGCGUCGUCGACAAGGCGGUCUGCACUGCUGGAGAUGGCAGGAAAGUUGCAAGGCAAGUCAUUCAUGCGGCACUUUCGCGAUCAUGGCUCCGAGACGCAGCUCUUCCGCGAUGUUGGAAAAGAGACUGAUGUGGUUGCCGGAUAUGUCUUGGGAUGCAUCGUUAUCACGCUUCUGGCAAACGGAACCGUGUCUGGUCGAUUUUUGCGCGAUUUGCGGACCCAAAAGAUUGAUCGUCUAUUCGGCGUUCUUCUCCGCUUUGACGAGGACAUUGUGAGGUUAGCCAAGGACCGGAAGAACAACGUUUCGGCCUUCUCUCGCCAGAUACUCGGUACGCUGAAGGAGGCGAUGCAGAAGCUACCGAUCUGGAAGCCGGCUCCGGCGGCCCCGUCCGACAUGUCCCCGCGAACGGUUGCUCUGGUGGGCUUGCAUUUGUUUGUGCAGCAGAUUUACGGCGGUGGUGGCUUCGGCGACAACGAUACCAUAUUGUCCUCAUCCCUGACAAAACAACUGUUUGCCAUCGUAUCCUCCACUCUCCCGUCAGCAUACGAUAAUGUAGACGGAGAAGACGAGGUUGAACAGGGUCCAUCUGUUAUGUCUCUCGGGUUUUCUGGCAAUGCAGAGACAGUUGAUAUGUACCUUGCUUUAUCGUUGCUGGAAAGGCAUUCGGUGGCUGCUAUGCAGUCGGACAUUGGUGCCGAGUGGACCCGCCAUUAUAUUCCCAUCGUUGCAGAUGCAUUGGAGGUAACGCUCGAGGAGAAACAGAGGUUAGAUCGUCAGUUGAACGGCUUAGAGCUGCUCGCCCUCAAACUCGCGAUGAACACGGCCAACAACAACCCGGAAGCGGCACGCCAUUACGUGGACAAAGGCCACCUGCGAAGGCUAGCAGAACAGGGCAGCCGAGCGCUGGCAGGCAUUGUUCGCUGUGUCAAGACAGGUAGCGACGUCACCCCAGGCGCGUUGGAUGAGCUGUUGUUGAUGCUGGGUGUGAUGAUCAACUUCUCGGAGAAUGACGAGACGGCGGCCGAAUCGCUGGUCGAGGGCGGUGGCUCAGUGUUGAUCGAGCGACUUGGAGCGUCCUUCCUUGACGGUCGGUCUAUUGCUGCUGAGGCCGAUUCGGAAGAAAAGACGCAGAUCAAUGUUGCGUUUGCAUAUCUUUCCAUCCUUCUUGGGUAUCUGUGUCGGUAUAAUCCAGUCUACAAGGCUUUCAAGCGGCUGUCCCCCAACGGCAGUCUCAAGCCGCUGCUGGACUCGAUCCACCAGUUCAUCGAUUUCCAUGAUAAGGUGGGGAAGACAAGCGACGUGGACGGUGCAGAGGCAAGCCACUUCACAGCUCGACUUCAGGCGCUGGCUCGUGAACUGGAACUGCGGGCUUAUUAG